AUGAAUUCCACAAGUUUGAUGACAAAAAAGGCCGACGAACUGCAUUGCUCUAACGAUGCCUUGACUGAUAAGUUUGGAUUGUUUCUUCAAAUUCUUUUAGCAUGUUUGGCCUUUACAUGCCUAAUUGCCAAAAGGUUUUGCGAACCAAGAUUAGAAAGAAGAUCGUGGUUGAUAUGGUUUUACGAUACUUCUAAACAGGGAAUGGGUUCAAUGGCUAUCCACUUAGCAAAUGUUUGGCUAGCGGGACAAUAUAAAGGUGACCCUUGUACUUGGUAUUUAAUAAACUUUCUGUUAGAUUCGUCCUUAGGCCUUUUAAUUAUAUUUAUCGGAAUUAGACUUAGCCAGUACUUAUCUAGGAGAAAAGGGUGGGAGUCCAUCAAUUUUGGUGAAUAUGGAAAACCGCCAUCUGCAAAUGCAUGGAUGAUACAGUGCUGCCUUUAUGUAUGUCUUAUGCUAAUAGUGAAAGGAUCAAUAACAUUGUUUAUGCAACUAAACUUUUGGCAGAAUGUGAAAGACUUUAUUAUGUCGCCUAUACCGAACGCUAAGGUAGAGGUUGCUUUUGUGAUGUUGAUUAUACCGUUUUUUGUGAAUAUGUUAAUGUUUUGGGUAACCGAUAACUUCUUAAUGUACAAAGAUCCAGCGAAGAGAAGGUAUAGCGGUACCAGAGAAAGUCUGUUAAGGAGAAUGCACGUGAAGUACCGAACGCUUACGAGGAAACGUCGCGUUGAUUCUGAAAGUGAUGUUUUAUUAUCAGCUGACGAUGAAUUGUUGGACAACGAAACAGUGCCAAUAACAAGGACUGUCGAUACUUAA